CCGCGUCCCCGCCGGCCCUGCCGACGUGGCGGGGCGGGACCCGCGGGCGCUCCUGCGCGCACUCGGCCGCCUGAGCGAUAUUAAAAUGUCUGACAAUGCUGGUGACACCCUAGCCACUGGAGACAAAGCAGAAAUUACAGAGAUGCCCAAUAGUGAUUCUUUACCCAAAGAUGCAGAAGUGCACUGUGAUUCAGCUACAAUUUCAAACGAGCCAACACCAGCUGACCCCAGAGGAGAGGAGCAUGAAGAUGCAACCAUUCAAGGAGCAGAGACUGCUGACAUUAGGCAUCCUGAGCAGCCCACAGAGACCAGUGCCAUGGAGCCCCCCCUCAAUGGAGAAGUGACUGAGGAUGUGCUUGCCAAAUGCAUUGACUCCGUCAACCUCGAGGCAGAAUCCGGAUCCGAAAUACCUCUGAAAGAACAGAAUAAUCCGGCUGUGGAUUCCCCUCCACAUGGAGGGGGAUGGGCCGGCUGGGGCUCCUGGGGCAAAUCUCUGCUCUCGUCAGCAUCUGCCACAGUAGGACAUGGGAUAACAGCAGUCAAGGAAAAAGCAGGGGCCACCCUACGGAUUCAUAGUGUAAAUGCCAGCUCUUCCGAAGGGGCCCAACCUGAUACCGAAAAUGGAGUCCCUCAAAUAGCAGAUGCGGCCACAGAUCAGAGUCCCGCAGAAAGCCCACCCACGUCUCCUGCAUCAGGGUCUCGGGGCAUGCUGUCAGCCAUCACCAAUGUGGUUCAAAACACAGGUAAAAGCGUCUUAACGGGUGGUCUUGAUGCUCUGGAAUUCAUAGGCAAGAAAACCAUGAAUGUCCUUGCAGAAAGUGACCCAGGCUUUAAGCGGACCAAGACACUCAUGGAGAGAACCGUUUCCUUAUCUCAGAUGUUAAGGGAAGCCAAAGAGAAAGAGAAGCAGAGACUGGCUCAGCAGCUCACGGCUGAGAGGACCGCACACUACGGGAUGCUGUUUGAUGAGUAUCAAGGUUUGUCACACCUGGAAGCCUUGGAAAUUUUAUCCAAUGAAAGUGAGAGCAAGGUUCAGUCAUUUUUAGCAACCCUUGAUGGAGAGAAGCUGGAACUCUUAAAAAAUGACCUAAUUUCCAUUAAAGACAUCUUUGCAGCCAAAGAAUUAGAGAAUGAAGAGAAUCAAGAAGAACAAGGUAAAGGCUUAGAAGAAAAGGGAGAAGAAUUUGCUAGCAUGCUCACAGAGCUUCUCUUUGAAUUACACGUCGCGGCCACGCCUGACAAACUCAAUAAGGCGAUGAAAAAAGCUUAUGACUGGGUGGAAGAAGAUCAAACCAUGGUGUCGGUAGAUGUGGCAGAAGAAUCAGAGGAGAAAACUAAGAAUGAAGAAAAGGAAGAGAAACCUGAAAACCCCAAAGAACAUAGAAAGGAAGAAAGGAGAACAAAGACAGUUGAGGAAAUCUACAUGCUGUCCAUUGAAAGUCUGGCAGAAGUAACAGCACGCUGUAUUGAGCAGCUUCAUAAAGUAGCAGAAUUAAUUCUUCAUGGGCAAGAAGAGGAAAAACCAGCUCAGGAUCAAGCAAAAGUUCUGAUAAAAUUAACUACUGCAAUGUGCAAGGAAGUGGCCUCCUUAUCAAAGAAGUUUACGAAUUCUUUAACCACUAUUGGGAGCAACAAGAAGGCGGAGGUCCUUAACCCCAUGAUCAAUAGUGUAUUGUUAGAGGGCUGCAAUAGCACGGCAUACGUACAGGACGCCUUCCAGCUGCUGCUGCCCGUUCUGCAGGUUUCACAUAUCCAGACCAGUUGUUCAAAAGCACAGCCGUGACCUGGCCAGACUCCAUCUAAUUAAAGGAAAUGGCAGGCCACAAUGCUAUGAUAUAUAUACCAUUCAAGGGGAUGUUUUCUAUGCAUCUGACCGCAGAUGCCCGUUUGAAGACACUACAAGCAAUUUUGCACAGACAGUAUUGAGAAUGCAAGUUUAAAGAGAGUAUCAUUUCUCUUAAUGUAUAUGGUUGUUUUUAGAAGUAAUUGUAUUUUCUUUAUGUUAAUUUAAACUUACAUGGCUUUGUAUUGAUAAUUUCCUUUAAACUGAAGUUCAUUCACAAAUAUUCAUUUCCAUUUUCCUGGUCAAGUAUGCUAUAUUUAGAAAUAUAUGGGCAGACCGUAAACUUUUUUCAAUCGUUUAAAUUUCCCAUUCUUACAGUAUUACUUUAAAUCAGUUCUUUUGCUGAACUUAGUUUUGUUACAUGAACGUCGUGGGCAAAGAUAACACUACUUAUAGAUUUUACCUAUUAUGGUAAAAGAGAAACAUAAGUACCUCUUUAUAGCCAUUCAUUCUCUAAACAAGCAUUUAUUGAGCUCCUACUGUGUGCUCACAAUAGAGGAAUGUGAUCUCAUCCCAGUAGAGAUAGAUGUUCUGAAAGAAGUUUAUAAUAAUUCUUAAAAUGCUUUAAAAUACUAAUAAAUUUUCUAAACCUUAAAAAAUUUGAAGAACAAGGUAAACUAGUGGUUUUUAAAAUGUUCUACCCUUCGAUUUAUUGUAUUUUCCCACACUCCUUGAACUUUUUUAUCCCAAACUUUAUACAUGGGGUGAAAAUAUAUGUGAAAAGGGAUACUAAAGAGUAUUUAGCUUAAAAUUGGCUUCUUAUGACCAUAAGUAUAUAAUAGCAUAAUUACAAAGCUUGGGAGUAUUCAAAUAAAAAAUUAAAGGGAUUUCAACACAGUAGACACCCAGGACUGCAUUUUUAAGUCUAGUACAGUUGAGUCAAGCUGUUCC